ACAAGUUUGCAAACGAUCACGGCAAGUUGAAAAUAUCCGUAAAUAUAACGUGUGAGUCAUGGCCGUGGGAACCGUCCUACUGACAGCGUUGCUGGCGCUUCUUGGUUACCUUUUUCUGAAAUUGCGUAGCACCAUGAGGUACUGGCAGGAACUGGGAAUUCCUUGCGAGGAGCCUCACAUCAUAAUGGGAAGCAUGAAAGGAGUGCGAACCAAGCGAUCGUUUAACGAGAUCUGGAUGAGCCAUUACAAAAAGUUCCGUGGAACUGGACCAUUUGCUGGCUUCUAUUGGUUCCGCCGGCCGGCUGUUUUCGUCCUGGAACCUUCUCUGGCUAAACAGAUCCUGAUCAAGGACUUCAACAAGUUUACCGACCGUGGAUUUUUCCACAACACCGAGGACGAUCCAUUGUCUGGCCAGCUGUUCUUACUUGAUGGUCAUAAAUGGAAAUCUAUGCGAAAUAAAUUGUCAUCCACCUUCACCUCCGGAAAAAUGAAGUACAUGUUCCCCACUGUGAUCAAGGUGGGUCAUGAGUUCACCGAUGUGUUCGGCCAAUAUGUGGAAAAGAGCCCUGUUAUUGAGGUGAGAGAGCUAUUGGCCCGGUUCACAACUGACGUCAUAGGCACCUGUGCCUUCGGCAUCGAGUGCAGCAGUCUGAAGGAUCCUGAAGCGGAGUUCCGAGUGAUGGGUCGUCGAUCCAUCACAGAGCAGCGACUGAGUGCCGUGGGAAUCGGUUUUGUCAACAGCUUUCCCAACCUGGCACGUCGCCUCCACAUGAAAAUGACGGCAGAGCCCAUCGAAAAAUUCUUCAUGCGCAUCGUUAGGGAAACAGUCGCUUUCAGGGAACAGAAUAAUAUCCGUCGAAAUGAUUUUAUGGAUCAGUUAAUCGAUCUGAAAAACAAACCACUAAUGAUGUCGGAAUCCGGGGAGAACGUCAACUUAACUAUUGAGCAGAUUGCUGCCCAGGCUUUCGUGUUCUUUGCAGCUGGUUUUGAAACCUCAUCGACUACAAUGGGAUUCGCUUUGUAUGAGCUGGCCCAAAAUCAGGAUAUCCAGGCGCGUGUGAGGGAAGAGGUCCUGGAGGUUUGUGAAAAAUACAAGGGAGAUUUUACGUACGAAAGUGUACAGGAACUGGUCUAUCUUAAUCAAGUGAUAUCUGAAACUCUUCGUCUUUACACUGUGCUCCCCGUCUUAAAUCGCGAAUGCCUGGAGGACUUUGUGGUUCCCGAUAAUCCCAAAUACGUGAUCAAGAAGGGAAUGCCCAUCAUUAUUCCAGCUGGAGCCAUGCACCGCGAUGAGAGACUUUACCCGAAUCCAGCCACUUUCAAUCCGGACAACUUCUCCCCCGAUCGAGUAAAGGAGCGCGAUUCCGUCGAGUGGCUGCCGUUCGGCGAUGGUCCCAGAAACUGCAUCGGAAUGCGAUUUGGUCAGAUGCAGACAAGAAUUGGACUGGCCCUCCUGAUCAAGGACUUUAGGUUCUCAGUCUGCGAGCAGACUAUGAUUCCCAUGCAAUACGACAAAGAAAUGUUCCUUAUUUCAAGUAAAUCUGGCAUCUAUCUUAAAGUGGAACGAGUGUAAAAAAAAGUAUAUAACAGCUAUCUUAUAAACUAACUAGCAUUUCAAAGCUCAAUAAAAAAAGAAGUAUGGAAGAAAAA